AUGUGGGAUCCCUACUGGAGAUACGGCGGCGGAGAAGUUGGUUCUUCUGCUCAUCCUUCUGCUCUUCUGCCAUCAUCUGCUGACGGAGGAAGCAUUCGUCCCCCAAGCUUUCCUGGCUACUCAUCAUCUGAAGCAGCUAUAUUAUCAACUCGUAAUCAAUAUAGCUCCAACGGUUUGCAGGGUAGUUUUUCAGAUUUCCCACAGAAAGAUAUAUUACCGUCGCGUUCAGGUGCUUAUGGCAUAGAUGAUACUGCUGGUGUUCGUCAUGAAUCUGGUCUUAAUGGAUCGAUGGCUGGAGCAAGCAUUAAACCUUACCCAUCUUUACAAGAUCCAAGUUUACGAGGCCAUCCACGAGUUGCUGCUCCAAGCAUUAGUCCUGGCAUCCCUGAUGCGACUUAUGAAAGGCCCAAUUCUGUGAGAGGGGUUGAGGGCAAUCAAGUCACACCUGGAGAGUCAAACAUUCUGUUUGUUGAUGGGCUUCCAAAUGACUGUACAAGAAGAGAAUUAGGUCAUCUUUUUCGCCCUUUCAUUGGGUUUAGGGAACUGAGAGUUGUUCAUAAGGAGCCUAGACAUACUGGAGACAAAGCUAACGUCUUGUGCUUUGUUGAGUUUUCUGAUGCCAAAUGCUCUCUUACUGCUAAGGAAGCACUUCAAGGUUACAAGUUCGAUGACAAGAAAGCCGAGUCCCCUGUCCUGAGGAUCUCUUUUGCACACUUUCCCUUUAGCCUACCCUCUGACCGGGAUAGACAAUAA